AUGGCGCUGGUGUACCAUCCCGACAAGCAGGAUGCGGAGGGGUCCUCGGACAAGCCCGCAUCCGGACUGUCGGAUAAGGAGCUGGUGUUCAUCAGAAUCCAGGAGGCGUACGAGGUCUUGUCCGACCAGGGCAAGCGGCGGCAGUACGACUCCCAGAUGGACUUCGACGAGUCCGUGCCGGACGAGGUAGACGAAUCCAUUGGAUUCUUCAAGACGUUCGGACCAGUGUUCCAGCGCAACGCGCGCUGGAGCAAUAGGCACCCUGUCCCCGAUCUCGGAGACGAGAGCACAGACAUCCAAAAGGUGCACAAGUUUUAUGAUUUCUGGCUUAGCUUCGACUCGUGGCGUGACUUUUCCAUGCACGGCGAGUACAACCUGGACGAGGCCGAGUUCCGAGAGGAGCGGCGAUGGAUGGAGAGGCAGAACCAGAAGAUCGUCAAGGGCUACGACCUGGAAGAGAGGCGACGAAUACUCAGACUCGCCGAGACCGCCGAGCGCUUCGACCCCCGCAUCCGCGCCGAGCGCGAGGAGAAGGAGGCGAGGAAGCGGGAGGAGAAGGAGCGGCGGGCUAGGGCGAGGCAGGAGGAGGAGGACGCCAAGAGGCAGGCCGUGGAAGACCGCAGGCGGAAGGAGGAGGAGGAGAAGGCCAGGAGGGAGGAGGAGGAGCGGCUCGCCAGGGAGAGGCGGAAGGAGGUUCAGCAGGUGGCCAAGGGCCUGCGGCAGCGCCUGAAGAAGUGGGCGUCCGCCAACUGCAAGCUGAGCACCGAGGAGUCGGAGGAGCUGCAGCAGCUCUGCCUGGCCUCGGAGCCGGAGGCCCUGGAGGCCCUCUGCAGCCGGCUGGAGGCAGUGGCCAAGAAGGACGCCGACGCGGCGGUGCGGCGCGAGAUGCGCGAGUUCGGGCAGAGGAGAGCCGAGGAGGCCGAGCAGGAAAAGCGGGCGAAGGAAGAGGCGAGGAGACAGGAAGAGAAGAAGCAGAACGCUGCCAGAGAGGCGGCGGCCGCGGCGGCGGCGGGGUCCCCCUGGUCGACGGAGGAGCUCGGCAUCCUGGCCAAGGGCCUGCAGAAGUACCCCGGCGGCCAGGCCGGCCGGUGGAACCUCAUCGCGCAGAUGUUGUCGGCGACGGGCCACAUACGGACGGACCAGGAGGUCAUCGCCAAGACGAAGGAGCUCUCCGAGGGACAGUCGCUGCGCUCCAUGGGAGCCACGAUCUCGGCGACCUCGGCACGGGCCUCCUCAUCCUCCUCGCUCCUUAUUUCUCCUCUUCUUUCUUCCUCUUUCCUACUGGAUUCCUCCUUCUCUUCCUUUUCGCUUACUCCUCCCAGGAUUCCCCAGCUCCCAGGGAGAAGGGUGGAGGCGGACGAUGAGUUGGCAGGAAGAGAAGGGAAAGGGAUGACGAGGAGGAGGAGGAGGAAUCGUAUAAUGGCGGGCAAUAUGAGAGGGAAUCCGUAA